CGGAUGGAGCGAUCCCGGGUGCGGGUGCAGGUUCGCGGGCUUCAUGGGGCGAUCGCGGCCGCGAGUCAAGACGUGCGAAGAGCUUCGGGCCAGAGGAGCAGGCCCGGACCCGAAACUGCGUUUCCCCGCUCGAAAUCUGAUCUGCUGACGGUGCUGCUGCAGCGCUGCCUCGCCUGCCUGUCUGUCUGUCCGCCUUCUGUGAGGCGACUCCGGGAGAGGGAGCGAGGCGAUGUGGAUGUGAACAUGGCUGCCGGAGAUCGAAGGAGUUUGUGUGAGCAGCAGCAGGAGGAGGAGGGAGGAGGAGACAGCAGCACUGUUGCUUCUCUCGCUGCUGGAUUGCGUGUGGUUGUCAUCAUAUGAGUCUGGAGUUUGGUUGGACGUUGCGGCUGGGUUGGAGUGGGGGUGGGCUUCUGAUGAGGGAAUGAAAAGCUGAGAGCCGAAGUCCGUAGCUUGGCGCUGCUCUGAGAAGAGGAACCCACCGGAAGAGGAACAGAGAGCAGAUGAGGCUUACCGAGUAAGCGUAAGUAAAGCCGAAGAUGCAUGCUUGCGAUCUCCGGAGUCCGACGCUGCCAGCGAUCCAUACUUUUCUCCCGUCCGGAGAACAGGUGUCGAGCCAAUAGAGUAUAGAUAAAAGAGAGCGGAGGCCUACGGAUUGGUGGCCUGCUAUUUUGUUUUUCUUUGCCCUUUGUCUUGUCUUCGUUUUUGCACAUAAGCCUAGAGGGCUUGUUCGCGUAUCCGCUUCCCAGUACCUUGCGAGUUCAUAGUUUUCUUUUCUUCUCGGGGUAUCGAUUUACAACAAACAUGCCAGUGCAUGUCUGUUGGACAGAGAGACAUUGAGUGAGAGAGAUAGCGAGAGUCGAGAAGUCGGCGUCUUCUGCUUCCUCUUCUUCGGGACCGUUGUAUCGUUCGUUACUAAGGAACUCAUCAUAAGAGCAUACACGAUCUACUCGACCGGGGUUGCAUAUCUAGAGAGAGAGAGAGAGAGAGAGAGAGAGAGAGGGCUCUGUGCCUGGUCUUAUUAGAUGAGGAGAAGUGCAGCCUUACUCGUGGUAGCGAAGCGAAGUUCCAAACCGAAGGAAUUGACCAACAUGAUGAGUCUUGCGCCACACUCCACCCUCGUGUUCCGCUCUGGUGCUUGAGCGAACUCGGGCAGGAGCCGAUCAUAGAGAAGAUCUCAGGACAGUGGGGGAAUUGCUGCCCCUAUUCCACAACUUCGAACGCAGCAAAUUGAAUUUCGUUCUCAUUGUUCUAUACGAGGAAAUUGUGCCAUCUCUGGACUUUUGAUGGACAGAGCACGGAGUUUGACGGAUGUUGCAGUAGAUACUGCACCACUGCUGAGCAACGGGAGUCCGAGUAGCAGCGAUGAUGGAAGAGGAGGAAACGGAAAUCGGCGAGGAACAAGAGUGCAGGGUGCAGCAAGAUAUUUGCGCCGAGCCAGCAGCAGUAGGUUAAUGAGGGAACCAUCGAUGCUUGUGAGAGAAUCGGCGGCUGAACAGUUAGAGGAGCGGCAGAGCGACUGGGCCUAUUCAAGGCCCGUUGUAGUGUUGGAUCUAAUAUGGAACUUAGCAUUUGUUGUGGUCGCCUUCGUGGUUUUGAUACUGAGUAAGGAAGAACAUCCGCGUACACUGUUACGGCUUUGGGUUCUAGGUUAUGCGUUGCAGUGCAUUCUGCACAUGCUUUGCGUGUGCUGUGAAUACCGUCGACGAUGCCAUCAGAGGAGAAGCGGUGCUCAUUCCGCCUCCACGUCUUCUCAUCCUUCAUCUGCCAUCACGAACGAACCAGAGGCUGAUGCUGGCUCAGAGUCGGAUGAAGAAGAAGGUGGUGCCGAGCACGCGAGCAUGGCCAAACGGUUGGAAUCCUUAAACACGAUGUUCUCUUUCGUAUGGUGGAUUAUCGGAUUUUACUGGAUCACCGCUGGUGGUCAAGCUCUUACACACGAUGCCCCUCGUCUUUAUUGGCUCUGCGUUGUAUUUUUGGCAUUCGAUGUAUUCUUCGUGGUCUUCUGUGUGGCUUUAGCCUGUGUAAUUGGCAUAGCCGUCUGCUGUUGCCUACCAUGCAUAAUUGCCAUCUUGUACGCCGUUGCAGAUCAGGAGGGUGCAACUGAAGAAGAUAUCAAUUCUCUUCCAAAGUAUAAAUUUCGGCGGACAGGACAUGACAAAUCCAAUGGGGACAAGUCCCAAGGAGGUAUUAUGAGUUUGGUUGGACCCGCUUCGGAAGAUACGACUGAACGGGCUUUAUCUCCAGAAGACGCGGAGUGCUGUAUUUGCCUCUCAGCCUACGAUGAUGGUGUAGAACUGCGGUUGCUCCCAUGUACACAUCACUUUCAUUGUGUUUGCAUCGACAAGUGGCUAAGAAUCAAUGCCACUUGUCCAUUGUGCAAAUUUAAUAUCAUACACGGGAACAACAACAAUUCCACUGGAGCUGCUAAUGGAGCGAGGAGGGAAGAGGUUUGAUUGACUCCGAUCGUUUUAGCCGUAUUAUCUCUACAUACACAAGAGGCGUCUGUGGUGCGGAUGCCCGGUGGCCGUGCAUAGGAGAAAACCGUCUUUGUUCUUCUGCAGAAGGUGAAAGCUCUAGGCUCUAGAGCUGUCUGCAAUUGCAGCUCAUCUGUCCAAAUUCAAGCUCGGAAGUCGCUCAUCAAUCGUUAAUGAUGGCAACAACCCCUACGGGAUGAGACAGGAUGUAAUUAGCUGUUAGCAUAGGUUCCUUCCUCAUAGAAUGGUAUGGGCAAUUUUUUGUAUUUUGUAAACUUUUUCCCAUUUAGGCUGUAAUUUAUAUUCCGAACAGAUUCAAAGCUGUGUUGAGUACCUAUUUCCUUCGAAUUUCCUCAUUAUUGUACCGGUAUUGUGACCUUUAUGAUAGCCUCGGGAUUGUCUCCCCAACCUGCUGGCCGUAGCCAUUUCUUAAGCGCUAAAGCUUGCCGGCCUUCUCUUUAUGCUGGAGGUGCUACUGAUUGGGUGCCGUGAAUCAAUAACUACUCUUUCGGUAGUGCGUUGAGAAUGUUGUUUGUUUGAGGAUAAUAGACAUUAGAAAGUCUGACACACGUAGAAUUUGAUCGGGAUUUGUGAUAGGACAAGUCCGCUACUCUUUUAGCCGGUUGAUGUAGGUGGGCCUCUCCCAUUCAAUACCAAGGUAGGUUUCUGCCUCAGUUACUUAGUAUUAUGUUUUGUUGUGAUCACCAAUUAACACUGGAAAAGUGCCUUUUGUUACGGGGAAACACAACCAAUUGUGUUUGUAUAUGAUAAUAGUGUGGAUGGUUCUCGUGUAGCGAGGAUGGCUUUUCUGGCUAGCCGCCCUUCAUAUGCUUUGUCAAUACGAGUUUUC